AUGAGAAAAGAGAAAAGAAAAAAAAAAUUUUCUCAGAUCCGCGUAUAUAAAAGGAGAAAGAAGAUUAGUUUUUCGAGGCAGAUUUCUUCUCUGUGUCACUUCCUCUUUUCUGUUACACCUUCCAUAGAAAACAAACACUAUCCAUACAACAAUAUAUUAAAAAUGCAAUUCCAAAACCUAGUUGCUCUAUUUGCUUCCGUUGCCGCUGUCCAAGCUGUUUCCAACUCUACUGUUGUCGGUGGUUCCAACUCUACCGCUGUCGGUGCUUCUAACGGUACCGUCGCUGGUGGUCACAACGGUACCGGUGCCGCUGCUGGUGCCUCCAACUCCUCUGGUGGUGCUCACUCCAAGAUCUCCACCGGUGGUGCUAACUCCAACGCUUUGAACGCUGGUAUGUUCGGUGCUGCUGUUGCAGCCGGUGUUGCUUUCUUGUUCUAA